GCGCUGGGGUCUGGGGGCACUGCUCAGCGGUGCUGGGCUGGCGCGGCUUGAGCCGCCGCCGCACUGACAGCUCGGUCUGCGGACCAUGGAGACUGGCGCUGGUCCACACCCGCUGCGCCUGUUAGUCUGCCUGAUGCCGCUCUGUCUCGCGCUGCUUUUGGGACCCGGGCGGCCCGGGACUGCCGAGGAAGUUGUCCUCCUGGAUUCCAAAGCCUCCCAGGCUGAACUGGGCUGGACUUCACUGCCAAGUAAUGGGUGGGAGGAAAUCAGCGGUGUGGACGAACAUGACCGUCCCAUUCGCACAUACCAAGUGUGCAACGUGCUGGAGCCCAACCAGGACAACUGGUUGCAGACUGGUUGGAUCAGCCGAGGUCGAGGGCAGCGCAUCUUCGUGGAGCUGCAGUUCACACUGCGCGACUGCAGCAGUAUCCCUGGCGCCUCAGGCACUUGCAAAGAGACCUUCAAUGUCUACUACCUGGAAACCGAGGCAGACCUGGGCCGCGGGCGUCCCCGCUUAGGAGGUAACCGACCCCGCAAGAUUGACACGAUCGCAGCGGACGAGAGCUUCACGCAGGGCGAUCUGGGCGAGCGCAAGAUGAAGCUGAACACAGAGGUGCGUGAGAUCGGCCCGCUUAGUCGGCAGGGCUUCCACCUGGCCUUCCAGGACGUGGGCGCAUGCGUGGCGCUGGUCUCUGUGCGCGUCUACUACAAGCAGUGCCGCGCCACCGUGCGGGGCCUGGCGGCGUUCCCAGCCACCGCGGCGGAGAGCGCCUUCUCCACUCUGGUAGAAGUGGCUGGAACGUGCGUGGCACACUCGGAAGGGGAGCCCGGCAGCCCUCCGCGCAUGCACUGCGGCGCGGAUGGCGAGUGGCUGGUGCCGGUGGGCCGCUGCAGCUGCAGUGCGGGAUUCCAGGAACUUGGUGACAUCUGCGAAGCCUGUCCCCCAGGGUUUUACAAGGUGUCCCCCAGGCGGCCGCUCUGUUCGCCGUGCCCGGAACACAGCCGGGCCCUGGAAAGCGCCUCCACCUUCUGCGUGUGCCAAGACAACUAUGCGCGCUCGCCCACCGACCCGCCCUCGGCCUCCUGCACCCGGCCGCCGUCGGCGCCGCGGGACCUGCAGUACAGCCUGAGCCGCUCUCCGCUGGCGCUGCGGCUGCGCUGGCUGCCGCCGGCGGACUCGGGCGGCCGCUCGGACGUCACCUACUCGCUGCUGUGCCUGCGCUGCGGCCGGGAGGGCCCGGCGGGCGCGUGCGAGCCCUGCGGCCCGCGCGUGGCCUUUGUGCCGCGCCAGGCCGGUCUGCGCGAGCGCGCCGCCACGCUGCUCCACCUGCGGCCCGGCGCGCGCUACACGGUGCGCGUGGCCGCGCUCAACGGCGUCUCGGGCCCGGCGGCCGCCGCGGGAGCCACCUACGCGCAGGUCACCGUCUCCACCGGGCCCGGGGCUCCCUGGGAGGAGGAUGAGAUCCGCAGGGACCGGGUGGAGCCCCAGAGUGUGUCCCUGUCGUGGCGGGAGCCCAUUCCCGCUGGAGCCCCCGGGGCCAACAGCACGGAGUAUGAGAUCCGCUACUACGAGAAGGGUCAGAGUGAACAGACUUACUCCACAGUGAAGACAGGGACGCCUGCGGUCACUGUCACCAACCUGAAGCCGGCUACCCGCUACGUCUUCCAGAUCCGGGCAGCUUCCCCGGGGCCCUCCUGGGAGGCCCAGAGCUUCAACCCGAGUAUUGAGGUGCAAACCCCAGGGGAGGCUGCCUCAGGCUCCAGGGACCAGAGUCCUGCAGUCGUCGUCACCGUCGUAACCAUCUCAGCCCUCCUCGUCCUGGGCUCCGUGAUGAGCGUACUGGCCAUUUGGAGGAGGCCCUGCAGCUAUGGCAAAGGAGGUGGUGACGCCCGCGAUGAAGAGGAGCUGUACUUCCACUUCAAAGUCCCRACACGGCGCACGUUCCUGGACCCUCAGAGCUGUGGGGACCCGCUGCAGGCUGUGCAUCUGUUUGCCAAGGAAUUGGACGCGAAAAGUGUCACACUGGAGAGGAGCCUGGGAGCAGGGCGGUUCGGGGACUUGUGCUGUGGCUGCCUGCAGUUGCCUGGGCGCCAGGAGCUGCCCGUGGCCGUGCACACGCUGAGGGAUGGCUGCUCCGACUCUCAGAGGCUCAGCUUCCUGGCUGAGGCCCUAACUCUGGGCCAGUUUGACCACAGCCACAUCGUGCGGCUGGAGGGCGUGGUCACCCGAGGAAGCCCCUUGAUGAUUGUCACUGAGUACAUGAGUCAUGGAGCCCUGGAUGGCUUUCUUAGGCAGCAUGAGGGGCAGCUGGUGGCCGGACAGCUGAUGGGGUUGCUGCCUGGGCUGGCAUCAGCCAUGAAGUAUCUGUCGGAGAUGGGCUAUGUUCACCGGGGCCUGGCGGCCCGCCGUGUGCUGGUCAGCAGUGGCCUCCUUUGUAAGAUCUCUGGCUUUGGGCGGGGUCCCCGGGACCGAGCAGAGGCUGUCUAUACCACCAUGAGUGGCCGGAGCCCAGCGCUCUGGGCAGCCCCCGAGACUCUUCAGUUUGGUCACUUCAGCUCUGCCAGUGACGUGUGGAGCUUUGGUGUCGUCAUGUGGGAGGUGAUGGCCUUUGGGGAGCGGCCCUACUGGGACAUGUCUGGCCAGGAUGUGAUCAAGGCCGUGGAGGAUGGCUUCCGGCUGCCACCCCCCAGGAACUGUCCCUCCCCACUGCACCGACUGAUGCUUGACUGCUGGCAGAAAGACCCAGGCGAGAGGCCCAGGUUCUCGCAGAUCCACGGCAUCCUGAGCAAGAUGGYGCAGGACCCAGAACCCUCCACGUGUGCCACUGCUGCCUGUCCCAGGCCUCCCACCCCACUGGCAGACCGUGCCUUCUCCACCUUCCCCUCUUUUGGCUCUGUGGGUGCCUGGCUGGAGGCCCUGGACCUGAGCCGCUACAAGGACAGCUUCACUGCAGCAGGCUACGGGACACUGGAGGCUGCAGCUGAAAUGACCAACCAGGACCUGGUGAGCCUGGGCAUUUCCUCGGCGGAGCAUCGAGAGGCCCUCCUGAGUGGGAUCAGCGCCCUGCGGGCUCGAGUGCUGCAGCUGCAGGGCCAGGGGGUGCAGGUGUGAGUGGCCCUGACCCUUCCAAGGCAGAGCCCCAGGGGCCUGACCCCCAGCCCUGCCCAAGGGCCCUGGCAAACUGCGCUUUAGCCGUGUGGGACUGAGCACCCUCUUCUCCUCUUGGGCCCAGAGCUGGUUUGGGGCCAUAGUGUACCCCAUUUCACUGCCUGCUUCUCCCACUUUCCCCUCUGAACACUUCACUGACCUGGUACCCAUGGAAAAGAGGUUCAGAUGCCCAGGGUGAGGGGGAGACCCCUGAGACAGUAGCAGGUGG